AUGGCCGAACUCUAUAGCGAAAGAUGCACCGCCUGCCGCCGCGAUUCGCCCCACGUCACCGGCGAUGAAAUCUCCGAACUGCAUCCCACGGUAGACGAAUGGGAUCUGAUCGACGAAUCCGGCAUCCCCAAACUCGACCGGCAAUUCAAGUUCAACAAUUUCGUCAAUGCGCUGGCGUUCACCAAUGCCCUUGGCGAGUUGGCUGAAACCGAGGGACACCAUCCGCGAUUGACCACCGAAUGGGGACGCGUGACCGUUACGUGGUGGACGCACAAAAUCCGCAAUCUGCAUCGUAACGAUUUCAUUAUGGCAGCCAAAACCGACCAACUUUAUGGCCAAUCCGCCGCGCACGCAGACUAG